AUGGAGAAGUACUCAUCCAAACCGUCCCUAAACUUCCGAGUCCAUCUUUGCUAUAAGCUUGCCGCUGCUGUUCUCCAGACGCAACUCCUUGGCUUGGUGCGCAAGAACACCCGAUCUGAAAACAUCCUCAUCCGCCCGCUUGAGGCGGUUCAGCCACCAACAGCGAAACCUGGAGAAAACAUACCUGCUCUGAGUCUAUGUGGAUGGCAGUACGACCGAGAGUUCCCAACGGCAGAUCGCGAGUACUCAAGGCACACGACGUCUACAGCUUGGGCGUCUGCAUGCAAAUACUACGGUGGGAUAGUAUUGCGACCUUCUCCUCCAUUCGUCUCCCCCGCGUUUGUCGAGACCUUCACACGGCUUGGCUUUCCACCAAAGGAGGCCGACCCUGGGGACUACUACACCAAGUUUCCAAAAAAGAACAAAGCCAUCCUUCUUUCCAUGAGCGAAAGUCUGAUCCCUGCUGAAGCGGUGACAAAGAUGACCCGCGUUGUGUGCGAGUUCUUGACGUGUCUAGACCGCAAGGGGCAGGAUUUGGAUGAAGAGCCGAAUGAGUACGUGAUCAAUGAUGAGGCUGAUAGGAUCAAGGUGGCUAUGAACUUUGUCGAUACGGCUUUGAGGGACCUGCGGAACAUCCAGGCAUCCAUCUAA